UGUGGGCAGAUAAUUUACAAUCCCCAGAAAGGUCAUGUGAAUAAAAGUUAGCAAAAAGAUCCGAUAUUGCCUGUGAAAUCGGAGCUUUCAGGGUGGAAAGCGGAGAAUAAAUUAUGGAAUAAAACUGUCCAGACAGACGUUCAAUGGAGUAAGUGAAAAACCCCUCUGAGUCAUUAGACGCAUGCAGAAUACUCACAGACCCCGUGUAGACAAUGAAAAAUGACUUAUAAAUAUUUUUGGUCAGUCCUUCAGGCAUAGACAAUCCCAUUCAAGUUGCAUGUGUUAGCUGUUGGCUACUGAAAAAAACAAAAAACACAAUUAUCAUAAGUUUUGCACAGUAUCAAAUCAACGGCAGUGUAGGCUAACACUUCUUUUGACUCAUAAUUGUUUAGGAUGAUAAUUCUAUAUUAUCGAAUAUUUAAUUAUGCUACUUUGUUGUAAUUAUGCGAUAUAAAGAUUUAUUAUUAUUAUUAACUGUAAUUAAAUAUAAGUAGUAUGCGCUGAAUUUAAUGCAUUGUAAAUCGUGAAUUUUUGUAUAAGCAUGAUUUUAGUAGUGGUAUCUUCCAUGGCAUUUCAUUGCGUCAUAUCUGCUUACGCAAGCAUCCUGCUCACUGUAGGCAACACUAAAUGAUCAUGUCACACAGGCGUAACCACCUGCCUCUGUAUCCUUUUUUGGUGUUUUUCUUUUUUCUUUUCUUCAUUCAUUCAAUUUCGGUGGACUAGUAAUUUGUUUGAAGAAUGUAUGCAAAAGGUGCUGUUUUUUAAUUGUUGUUUUGCUAGUAUUUAGCCUAUUUAUUUGAACUAUUAUAAAGUGAGCCGUUGUUACGAUUAGCCUGCAUUUUUGCCGAAUUUCUAUACAUGUUCGUACUCGCUGCAAAAUAUGCAAAUUAUAUAAUUAAAUAUGAAUUAUUGUUAAAUGUUGAUACAAAUGAAUAGCCUAUACAUUUUUUGGAAUACAUUUACUUUAAGAACAUUUAAACAAAUGCGUGACUAUAACAAAGCGGCAAAAAAGGAAAACUUUCAGUAGUGGAGCUAUAGUCUACUAACCAACAAAACGCACUGUUUUCUCAUGCUGUAGAUCAGCCUUUAUCCGUCAUAGGCGCCUGUUAUCCGUUGUCCCUCGUGGUGAGCUUCUGCCUUAUUCUGCCAAUUUAACCGAGGCCUCGUUACGCUAAAGUACACGACGGAGCAAUGCAAAAAACAAUAAUUAGACGCUUUAAUCAAUGCACUAAUUAUAUGAAAUGCAUAUGCGCCAAAAAUUCAGUCGGUUAUAGCCUACAUAAUGAAUUGUAUUUAUUAUAAUCAAGUUAAAAUUAGAUAUUUUACAUGGUUUUAGUUUUAUUUCUUUGCAUCUGUAAGUUUACCCCCGUUCUGCGUAAAUCGACGAAAAAUACAUCCCAUAAUGCCAAAAAUACCGGGGAUUGAACAGCAGGCGAUUUUUAGAGAUGAAAUAUCUUACUGCUGAUGUGAGCUGGCCCUUUGAGCUUGAAUUAUGGCAAAGAAGAUUUGGUGCAGCUGAAGGGGACGAUCUCUCUCUCUCUCUCUCUCUCUCUCUCUCUCUACACACUCACUCACACAUACACACUUAUUUUGUUCUAUCCACAUGUAUUAUCAGCCAUGAUAUACUACCUGACUUUAAAAUACAUUUAUUAAACAAACCAGAGGAUAUACAUUAUUAAAGCACAAUUUUUUUUUUUUUUGUUUAAAAAUGUAUUUUAAUUGAAAGCAUCGCCAUCUUACUGAAUGUAUUUUUCUGAUAUUUAAUUCUACUUUAAAUAUUUUACCAAAAAUUGAAAUGUGCUAUAUUACAAUAAGGUGUUUCAAAAGUGUAAAUAAGAACGAACAGAAUAUCGACAAAUCAUUAAUUUGUAGUAAAGAGUGGGAGCGUUAAGUAUUGUAAUCCGGCUGAGCUCCUCCUCCCGGCCAUGCCCUCUAAUUAACGGGGCUCCUUUCCUGCUAAAGUCUGCAUCGGACUGCAACAUAGUCAAAGAGCAGGAGGGAGAGAGAAAGAAAGAGAGGGAGGGAGAGAGAGAGAGGGAGAGAAAAGUGCCACUGGAUGUAAUUGAUUGUCUUGCUAUCAAGAAUAACUUGUUAGUAAUAGUCAAUUCUGGCUGCUUUUGAGGCUGACUGUUUCCACUGAAGCAUCAGAGGUUGUCAGGCUGCUUCUCACUGAAGCUCAACCGUUAUCCAGGAGCUGAGGAAAGCAGACGUGGCUUUUUUUUUUUUAAAGAAAGACUUAAAGUUCUCCAACCCUGCGGCAAAAGCAACAACAUGCUGCUGAUCGGCUACAUCUAAUUCCACGGAUUUGGGGAUAUCUUCUCAUUCAAGUUGCUCUCAAUAGUUUUUAUAGACUGAGCUGUUCUGCAUUGUUCGAAUUCGAAAAUACAAAACUCUAGCAUAUUUUUAAAACAAGCUAAAAAGACAAAUAAUGACCUCCAAAGAAGACGCAAAAGGCGCCUCGGUUGAGGAUCGAAGGCGCAGUCCGUUGGACCAUCUUCCUCCCCCUGCUAACUCAAACAAGCCCCUCACUCCGUUCAGCAUAGAGGAUAUUUUAAACAAACCGUCAGUCAAACGAAGUUACACAAUUUGCGGAACGGCGCACCUGCUCUCGUCCGGUGAGAAGCACCCAUCCACGGGCCAUUCCCUCUCCAACCGCGCGCUGCUCACCCAGACAUCUCCACUGUGCGCCCUGGAGGAACUCGCCAGCAAAACAUUCAAGGGACUGGAAGUCAGUGUUCUACAAGCGGCAGAAGGAAGAGACGGCAUGACACUCUUCGGUCAGAGGAAUACCCCCAAAAAGCGGAGAAAGUCGAGAACAGCCUUUACCAAUCACCAAAUCUACGAACUGGAGAAAAGAUUUCUGUAUCAGAAAUAUCUGUCUCCUGCUGACCGGGAUCAAAUCGCUCAGCAGCUCGGGCUCACGAAUGCUCAAGUCAUCACCUGGUUCCAGAACCGUCGAGCCAAACUCAAAAGAGACCUGGAGGAGAUGAAAGCAGACGUGGAGUCGGCCAAAGCAGUAGGCAAUGUACCUUUUGAGAAAAUGGCCAAACUAGCAGACCUAGAGAAAUGCGUCAAUGGCACUCUCGGAGAAUCAAUGGCCAAGACUCCAACGCGAUCUAAUCACGAGCACGAGGGAACCAACAAACUCCACAUGUCACCAUCAUCACCAUUUACAGACCACACAACGAGCAAAGAGUGUUCAGAGGAUGAAGACGAGGAAAUUGAUGUCGAUGACUGAUUUUUCCUUGAACAGCUUCGGUAUUAUUUACCUUUUUUUCCUGAGAUGGUCCUCUAAAACCAUAGAGUUGAAAGUGCCAUUAAUGCACCAAAUGUAUUAAAUGACUUGUAUUAAAAGCAAAUAUAAAAAAGGAAAAAACAAAAUCAAAGCAAGCAUGGGACAGUUUCUUCAGAUCUAUUUAUGCAGUGGCAGUAUCGUAAUCAUUUAGCCUAUUCGUUGAAACAGAUAGCUGAAGAGCAAUAAGUACAUUGAUAAUAUUUACACACACAUACACACACACACUUAAAGCACGAUUCCCCACGCAGAACUUUUUUUUUUUUUUACCCGGUUCUGACUACAUUGAAUGCAUGUUUUAUUUGUUUCACGAAAUUAUUUUAGUUAAAAACGGCUGCAGAUCUUAUAGAGAUAUCUCAAAAUAUCCCGAAAAUGAAUUGAGACGCGCAGUGUCUCUGUUAUGCUUUUUGGCCUAUGACUAAAAUCGUUUGAUAAAAGAGUGUAUUAUAGAACAUUUCCUACAAAAAGCUAUCACAGGAAAAAAAAAAUCGACUUCUCUGAUUAAAUCUGGAUUGUCACAUUUUAAUAUAUUUCUUAUGGUUUGUAUGCCUGUAAGUGCCUUUUAAGCCAGGAAACCAUUUAAACCAAGUGUACAAAGUGUAAUGUAUUUAAAAUGAAAUAAAAAUGUCUUUCUCUAAAUUUUUGACGUUAGUCUGAUAGUCUUAUUUAUCGUUUUCGAAAUAAGCAAUCACGUUAAUAUAAACAAAGCUUGUGUAAAAUGGCUUCUUUUGGUUGUUGUUUAUCUUUGUAGCCUACUUUUAAUUCCUGCACCAACACUCUUUAAAAUGAAUUGAAUGUGUUUUAGAUUUGACAUUUUACGCUUUUGAUUUUCAAAAUGGCAUAACAUGUUUUCCUGUCCCCACGAUGUGUUUCAAUAUCCACAAUGGAUGUGUGUGAGAAACAGAAAUCUGGAUUGAUGAAUGCGCGCAUAAAGGAUGCCCAAAAACGCAGGGUUUUUGGCCCGUUUCUCUGCGGUUGAAAGACGCUAUUUCCCUGCAAAGCGAAGAGAUGCAGUCAUUUCUAGCGUAAGGCGUGAAAACUGGGGACAAAUGAGCAGUCUCCCCUGAUGUGACAAGCUACAAUGAAGCAUGCUCUGCCUCCCGCGGCUCUCAAUACGGAGACAAGCGUGUCCCACCGAAUAAAAAGGACACAAACGUUUGGAGGCCAUAUGGUUUUUGAAUUUUCCUCACAAUUUUCAGACAAUUUGAUGGAUUGAGCUGGCCUUCUUUUUAAAGUGUUUCGCUCAGUUUUCACAAAGGCAAUAAUGCGCACAGGGGCGAGGGCAUCUGGGCCUAUUAAUGUCCCCUCUUUUCUCUCUUUUCACUCGGCUGUUUUAAACAAGUCAAUGAAUUACAAUGAUACUGACUCGUCUUGUUAAGAGGUUGUCUUCUGCUUUUGUUUGUUUGAGUGUUUGGCUUAAAAUAAUAAAGUUACCA